GGUGGACACUGGCCUGCGCGGUGUCUGUCCUGGCGCAGACCUCUUCGUUGGUCUCCGGGAUGAGUACCUACCAUCGCGCGCGAUCUCGCACGCUGGCAGGGAAACCAACUUGCGCCUUAAUUUAUCUUCGACCCCAUUGAGCUCCUCCGCUGAUCUUCAUAGAUGCCGUACAUCACGCGCGUGUCGAGAAGCACAUACACUCGACCACCGCGCCCUUAUCACGAUACAGGGAGCAUUGAGGACGUCCAGGACCUGGUGGAUCAGUAUUCCGUAUCGCGUCGCAUCUCUGGCUACGGCGCAAUUGACAAGCACCGAGUGCGGGCGACACUGUAAACAGACGUUUACGAGAGCCACACAGUCGACGAACACCGCCCAUCUAAGUAUAAACAAGACCUCGAACCUCGUGCAGCCGUCGUUGUGGGCGUAUGUGUAUACUUCGUGAGAGUGAUCAGAGGGAGUACGAUAUAAUAGAGCACCCCUCCGCCGCUUGACAACCCGUUUCCUCGCUCAUCCCCACCACUACCACUUCCACCAUCCACUCACUAUGGAGCAGAAAUUGGCCCAACUCGGCGACGUCGCCGACAAAACCUUUGACUUUGUUAUAGUCGGUGGUGGCUUGUCAGGUUGUGUCCUUGCUUCGCGGUUGAGUGAAAAUCCCGAUGUCUCCGUAGCCCUCCUCGAGGCCGGGAAAGCCUACUUCGACGAUCCUCUCGUUGACCAAGUAGAUGGGUGGAUGCAAGUCAUGCUCAACCCGGAGUACGAUUGGCUCUUCCGUACGACGCCACAGGAUGGUAUCGCCAACAGUGUCACCACUCCAGACGGAAAGCCUACCCACAGCUUCUACUGGUCCAGGGGCAAGGGCCUAGGCGGGAGUACCCUGAUUAACUUCUUGCUGUGGACCAGGCCUCAGCGUGAGGAAAUUGAUGCUGUUGAGAAGCUGGGGAAUCAAGGGUGGAACUGGGAGCGGUUCUUCGAAGCAUCCAAGAGAGCCGAGAGGUUCUGCGCUCCUUCUGGGAGUGCUAUAGAGGAAUAUCGCGCGCUGUACAAAGCUGAAUCUGUAGGUCACGACGGCCCGAUCCCCGUCUCGUUUGCAAGGACUAGCUCCGGAAUCGAGCUGGUUUUUCAACAGGCUCUGGCAGCUCAGGGCAUCAAUACGAUUACGGACGCCCUGGGCGGCGAGAUCUCAGGGACGUGGAGGGCCGCUUCUAUAAUCGAUCCUAAGGUUCAGACGCGCAGUCAUGCGGCGAAGGGCUACAUUUACCCAGCUCUUGGUCGCCCGAAUUUCGAAGUUCUAACGGAAGCGUUUGUCCGGCGUGUGCUGACGAAGCAAGAGGGGGAGGAGCUGGUCGCCACCGGUGUAGAGUUCCAGCACGGAGGCCACUUUCACAUUGUGAACGCAGGCAAGGAAGUCAUCCUCAACGCCGGCACUGUCAAGUCGCCGCAUAUCUUGGAGCUCAGUGGCAUCGGCGACCGCGCCAUUCUCGCACCUCUUGGCAUUCCGGUGCAACUCGACCUCCCGUCAGUCGGCACGAACUUGCAGGAUCAUCUUAUCCUUUCCGCCUAUGCAUUUGAAAUGCGUGUUGGCUACGACUUCAUGACCAGUGAUACGAUCAAAUUGCCCGAAUUUCAAAGCAAGCUGCGUCAAGCUUACGGCGACGCGAGCGGGCCUUUCUCCCUCGCGCUGAGCGGAGCGACUUUCCUUCCCCUUCACACGUUUUCCGACCGCGCCGACGCGCUGAUUCAGGCUCAGGAGCAUCGACUCGCCGAGAAUGCAUCAAAGCUCCUUCCCGGCCUCAAAGAGCAGUACGAGAUGCAAUUGGAGCUCUUGCGGAAGUCGAAUGUGCCCGAUAUCGAGAUCCUUGUAUUUCCCUUCUCUAUCCCGCCCAACGACUCCGGGAAACCCUACGUGGGGAUCUUGCCCUCGAUCGGACAUCCGUUCUCUCGCGGGACCAUCCAUGCCUCUUCUGUGGACCCGGCCAUCCAGCCGACUAUCGAACCGAACUACUUUUCCGAGGAAAUCGACCUUGAGAUUCUCGUCGACGCGCUCCAGUUCCUGCGGAAGGUUACGGCGGCUGGUCCGUGGAAGGACGCCGCUGAACAGGAGGUGCUCCCGGGUCCAAGUGUUGCAUCUGAUGAGCAGAUUCGAGAAUAUGUGAAGCAUAACCUAUCCACGACCUGGCACUCGGUCGGGACCUGUACGAUGAUGCCCAAAGACAAGGGCGGUGUGGUCGACACGAAGUUGAAGGUCUAUGGAACAAAGAACUUGCGCGUCGCGGACUUGUCCAUUCUCCCGAUUAUCCCGUCUGUGCAUACCCAAGCCACUACAUACGGAAUCGCCGAGCAGGCCGCCGAUAUCAUCAAGGCCGACUACGGAUUGUAAACAAUCG